AGAGGAAAACCUAAGGAGCGCAAGAGACUGUCAGUGCGGUCUGUGUGCUUGAAAAUAUGAUCCAUAUCGAGACGCGAAUCCCUCUCAAACACUUUACAAAAAAAAAUAUAAAACGCGUCAACAAAUCUAUUGUUACGAUUAAUCACGCUGAGGAUUUUUGACGGUUUGUCGACAAUAUUUUUUUCCCCUUUGCCGAGUGGCUUUAUCCUCUGUUGCGCUGGAUCUGUCGUGCAAAAAGAUGUGUGUGGAGAGCGACGGAUGCGAGAUCGAGGGCUGCAGCAGUUCGGAUGAAGUGCACACACUCUCCGGCAGCAUGAGUCCCGGACUGAAAUCCAACCCGGACCUCCAUCCCUGCAAGCCGGGUCAGAAAUUCCGAGCCGCCCUGCUCAGGUGCCGGUCUCCUGCCGCUGCCGCCGGGAUUCUCAGCUUUGGGAAUGUACUCAAUUACAUGGACCGAUACACGGUGGCAGGUGUACUCUUAGACAUCCAGAGACACUUCAAGGUAUCGGACAGCGGAGCGGGCUUGUUGCAAACAGUUUUCAUCUGCAGUUUCAUGGUGGCGGCGCCCAUUUUUGGUUACCUGGGUGACCGUUUCAACAGAAAAAUCAUCCUGAGCUGUGGCAUCUUCUUCUGGUCGGCUGUCACCCUCUCCAGUUCCUUCAUCACGAAAGAGUAUUAUUGGCUGUUUGUCCUGUCCAGAGGUCUGGUGGGGAUUGGUGAAUCAAGCUACUCCUCUAUCUCCCCCACCAUCAUUGGCGACCUCUUCACCAACAACAGCCGGACCAUGAUGCUCUCUGUCUUUUACCUGGCUAUCCCCCUGGGAAGUGGGCUGGGCUACAUCCUGGGCUCCAGUGCCAAGGAGGCUGCUGGGGACUGGCACUGGGCACUGAGGGUUUCCCCGGUGCUGGGAAUGACAGCCGGCACCCUGAUCCUGUUCUUUGUGCCUGAGCCCAAGAGAGGCCAUGCUGACCAGCUGGGACGACGCAUCAAACACCGCACCUCCUGGCUGUGUGACAUGAAAGCACUGGCCAAGAACCGGAGCUAUGUGUUUUCCAGCUUGGCAUCUGCUGCAGUCUCAUUUGCCACGGGUGGGUUUGGCAUGUGGAUCCCUCAGUACCUGUUUAGGGCUCAAGUGGUCCAGAAGACAGCAGAGGCCUGCACAAAAGAUGUUUGCAGCAGCAAGGACAGUUUGAUCUUCGGGGCGAUCACAUGUGUGACAGGGCUGCUGGGUGUGGUGAUUGGAGCAGCCACCACGCGCCUGUGCCGUCAGAGGACGGAGCGGGCCGACCCCCUGGUGUGUGCUGUCAGCAUGCUGGGCUCGGCCAUCUUCAUCUGCCUCAUCUUCGUAGUGGCUAAGAAGAGCAUCGUAGGGGCUUAUGUCUGUAUCUUCAUUGGAGAAACGCUGCUCUUUCUGAACUGGGCCAUCACAGCAGACAUUUUAAUGUAUGUUGUCAUCCCGACUCGGAGGGCCACAGCGGUUGCCUUCCAAGGCUUUACGUCUCAUCUCCUGGGGGAUGCUGGAAGUCCGUACCUCAUAGGCCUGAUAUCAGACGCCCUCCAGGAGAGCUAUGCUACAUCAGUGCUAUGGCAGUUCCUUAGUCUAGGUUACGCACUGAUGCUCUGCCCCUUUGUCAUCGUCCUGGGCGGCAUGUUCUUCCUGGCGACCGCUCUCUUCUUCCUUGAUGACAGGGACAAGGCAGAAAAACAAUUGGCAGCAUUGACUCGACCGCCUAACUCUGUAAAGGUCUCCUGAGGGAGGGGCCAUCCUCAGGAGGGAAGCAGAGGCUCUGAACGCUGUGCUGAAUGAGAAAAGAUGAGUCCAGCUGAUCCACAUCUUUUAUAACCGAGCCAUCCACCUUAAAUUUUGUCUCUAUCCUCUUCAUCACGGCCCUCAUCUUUAGUUCGUUUUCAACAUACAACGUGGAGGCUGUUACUGUUUAUGACUGGAAAGAGGGAAGCGUCUUGCUUAACCCCAUAGAUGCCUCUGUCACUCUGUGUGCUGAAGCCAGCCAAUCAGCUCGGCUGCUGACAGAUUCAGACCUUUUUCCCUGGAUCGUCUAAUAAGAGUGAGCCACGGAACCAUCAGGAGCCAAUGGGAGGGGAGAAGAUCUCGUCUGGACCCUCCCCCAGUGCCAUACUACUGAAUGCUGAACUUGUACCUGCCUGUCUGUCUGUCUGUCUGUCAAUCUAUCUGUCUGUCAAUCUGUCUGUCUGUCAAUCUGCACCAAGUGCCAUAUCAUUACAUUCCGUUUCAUAGAGGUUCUGCAUUGACCACUGUCACCAUAGCAACCCUCAUAAUCAGGAAGUCCCUCUAAGGCCAAAAAAUGAAUACAGAGUGAAUAUCUUCAGUUCCCAACUUUCUACAUCCGCAAUGAUGGACAAGCCCAGGGAUCCAACCGUCCAGCCUUGAACUUGUACAUCACGGACACAGCGCAGACAGCUUUCUUUUCAUCCCUCAUUCCAUGGUCUCCAUUGAGUCAGCAAAAUAUGAUCAGUAAGUGAUCAUACAGGACCCUUUUUCUGUUUCUCGCUGCUGUAAUCGUUCUGUUUGUGAUGUUUUUUUAAUUCUACUAUGUGAUUUUGAAAAUGAAACUGGAGGUCAUUCUUGAUUGCCUAUGAUUGUUUCACUAGGCUGAAGGUAAGAGAACCCCAGCUCAUUGACAUAAAGGACACUGGACUAGUACAUAUGUUAUAGUUAUUCUGAUGUAAAUGUUUUUAUUUCCAAAAUGUUCAAAUGCUCCAUAUUAAUCUAUAGGAGCGGUUUUGAAGGGGUUACCAUAUACUUGUUUUUACCCUGCUGAAGAAAGCGAGGCAUUCAGUCCAGUUGGAGGAUCUCAGCUGGUUGGUUUUUAGUUUCCAGAUGGGACACACCACCCACAUUGAGAGACAGAGAGAAGGAGAGACAUUGUCAGAGUUACCUUUUAACAGUGAAUACGAUUCACUCUCCCCAACUAGUUACAAUAGCAGUCUUUGUGCAGACACAGGGAUUGUUUUACCCCUUCAUUUUUAAGAUAUCCCAUUCCUGACAGUUGGGGGAAAAAUCACUCCUUGAAUGGAUAUUAGCCUCAGUUGGUAGAAGUUAAUUAACCACAGACAAGAAACCUUUGGAAAGAGAAUCACAUAACCUUGGGGUUAAAAUGGAAUGGCAGGCUAAUAUUUAUGAUAAAGGAUUAACAAUGAGGAAUCCAUCCCAUGCCUAAAAACUAGCCAUCUACACAAAUUACAAGCUCACUGACAACACCAAGUAUGUAAUAAUGUACCAAAAGCAUGAAUUCAUACCCCGAGUGUUUCAUUUGGUCAACAAGGACUUUGCUUUGUCCUUCCAUGAGGAAUGAAAUUAACCUAUUUUAUUGCAUCAAUUUUUCACUGAUUUCAGAUUUACAAGAUAUAGAAUAUGCUCUAUUGCCUCUGUCAUAUAUGAGCAGGCCAUUCUAUGCAUCAGCUACGGCAUCAUUAUUUAAAGUUUAUGCAAUCUUUCACACAUAUAUCAUUAUGUUUAUGAUGAAGGCAAUAAUCACGUUUAAAAAUAAUUCUGUACUGUAUAACGAAAACAAAAACGUUCCACCAAGACACAAUUUAAUAAGAAUGUGUUUUUCUUUUGUGCAUUGGAAUGAAAGUACCUUGCAGAACCUGAUGCGAUUGGAUUUUUAGAAAUUAUAUAUUGAAUUCAGUGGAAAGAUAUUUGCAAUUGUUAUUGUGUAGAUGUAUAUGGGUCUGACUCAUCUAUGAAAUAUUUUAUGGAUGAAGGGCAUGUUAAUGGCUGACGGGAGAUAUUAUUUUAAAUUAUCUGUGUUUGGUGUAAUGUUUGACUACCAGCACAUACAUUGCAAAAACCUGUUAAAAGUAGGUGGGGUAUAGGUUGAGCCUGCUGCCACAAUAGGAUUAGAGUUGCUUUCCCUCCCCUCGCAAUUCCUUAGACACAAGCUUGGCUGCUUCUGUCCAAUAUAUCCACCUUGACAUGAACAUUGUUGAGCGUUCCUCAGCUAGCUUAUUCCAGUCUGUCGUUAUGCUGUGAAGCGUUUAGCGACAAGUCCUAAGAAAAUAACAUGCAAAUGUAAAUAGUUCAUCUUUUUUUGCAAAUGUUGUGGCAUAGGCUAGUCUUGUGCCAGGCGAGCAACUUAAUGCUCCUCUUAAAAGUGAAAUGUAGCAUAGGGAAAGCCGCAAGCAACUCCUAUUACCAGUCUUAUUGUUUUCACCUUUUAACAGAUGGUUCUGCAUUCAAAUUAAAGUUACUGCCCCUUAAAAGAUAAUAUUCGGUUAAAUCUUACCCAAAUGUUCUGGACUUCUACUAUACUGGCGUGGCGUGGCUUGAGCCCUUUUCCUCUGAGAAUCAACAAGUGCCGUUUUUGCCCAUCGAUUAUUAGCAGACAGGCACGCGUCGUCCGUCUGUGUAUUAUUUAGGAGUUAUUGUUGGGUUUGGGCCUCAGAUUUUCACUUCAUUGCCAAUAGUCGGGCGGUUGAGGAUGAGUUACUAGUAGUUGCGGGCAAGUGAACAAACAGCUGACCAGUGCAUCACUAAUAUAUAGGAGGCAGUCAUGGGAUGAUGUCUCCUUUGCCAAUGAAUUAGUCUCCCCAAAUGGUACCCUAUUCCCCAUGCAGUGCCCUACGUUUGACCAUCCCUAAGGGCUCAUAUAGGGAAUCAGAUACAAAAACUGAAGGUGAUUUCUGAAUGUGAUUGAUUUUGUUCAAGCUAAUGUGUUUACACAGCAAUGUCAUCUUAUUAAAGACUAUUUCUUUUCUUUCUUUUAGGGACUUUUUUAUACAAAUGACUUUUAUAUAUAACUAUAAUAGAUAUAUAAAUAUAGCUAUAUUAUGCAGCGAUUUUAAUAUAUUAUAAAUGAUGGCUUGUAUGCAAUGUAUUUAUUUGUUUGUUAAUGAAGAUUGAAGACGAAUCUGUAAAGGGAAGUUGAUGUUCUGAAUAUUCUCCUAAGUAUAGAAUUUAUUGUAACUUUGGGUUAAGAAAGACUCCCACGUUUGGGUUCAUCAUGUUGUAUUGCAUUGAAACAACACAAUCCCUUCUUACAUCACUGGGAAUCCUUGUGUUUACUGUGAUCAUGAAUCGGAUGACAUAGAGAGCGCAUGCACAUGCACCAAAACUCAACCAGGAAACUCCACUAUAAAUUGUUUCAUACAAAGUAUUGCUCUGCACAUUUAUUACUUAAUACUUCUAACUUUGAAUAAUUAAAAGUGUUGCUCUUUUUUCCAAAACAACAAAUCACAAUAUGUUGCACAUUGAUUUUGAUUUGACUAAGAUGGGGAUGUCCAGUGAUAACUUUUUUACUCGGAACCGGCAUUAUGUUCUAGAGUCUUCACACUAAUAGAGCACUAUAGAACACCCCACCCCCCCCAAAAAAAGCAUCACCGUAGCCUACUUUUCAUGCUCACAGUAAGUGCUGCUGACAUUCUUUCUUAGAACAACAUUGGAGGGGUUUGUGGUUCUGUUUGAAUCUGUGAUAUGAAUGGGGGUUCACACAAUGCCAAAUUUAGAUAAUUUAGUGAAAAUAUCCUUUAGAAGUAAAAACGUCCUUACAAUGGAGUAAUUCUAUUUGAAUAAUCACAGGAGUGAUGUAUUGAGAAUGUGCUCUUUCUUGUCAUACAAGAAUAAUGUAUAAAGAGACCUAUUUCUGAUGUUGAGCAGAAAACUUUUAUUUUUCAGAGGAACUGUGUAAAACAAAAUAAAUUCAAGCGAUCAACGUCAUUCUUCUAGAACUUAACUGUGACACUUCUUCAAGGGGUGAUAUGAAAUGUACACAUACCUAUAUAUAUAUAUGUAUGUAAAUGAUCAAAUAAACGUAUUUAAU